AUGUGUGCUGCUCGAUCAAAUAGACAGAUAUUGUCUCAGGGCAAAAAUUAUGCUGAUAAGAAGCUGAAAAAAUUCGGUACUGAUGAGGUAUCGUUUGAUAAAGAUAGUCGGUUAGAGUAUCUGACUGGGUUCCAUAAACGUAAGUUGCAGAGACAGAAGAAAGCAAAAGAGUUUAUUAAGGAGCAAGAGAGGUUGAACAAGAUUGAAGAGCGAAAAAAUAUACGUGAUGAAAGAAAGAGACAAUUGGAUGAAAGAUUACGAAAUUUCAAGCAAGGUUUGGAGUUGGGCAGUGAAGGAGAUGAUAGCGAUGAUGCUGAGGGGAAAGAAGAAGAGGAGGCUGAAGAGUGGAAUGGGUUUGAAUCUGAUUGUGAAGAGGCCGCGGUGAAACCGAUUUUGAAGACCGUUUACUCGGAUAACUCUUCUGUGAGCGUAGAGACGUUGGAAGCCAACGAUAAUUUUGCAUAUUUGGCCAAGAUCAACAACGUAGACUUGAAUGAAAGCGAUAAAGUGCUGAAACAAAGUAUAGUGAGAGCCGGGAAAUAUGCCAAGUUCCUGGGUAUGGCGGACAAGGACACCGAAAAGACCAAACAGAAGAAGAAGAAAUUCAGAUAUCUGACCAAGAGCGAAAGAAAGAGGAACCAGUACAAGGCAAAUUCCAAUAAGAGAAGGAGAUGA